GCUCCCGUUCAAAGACCAUUCCGCUCUCUCUCUUUCCACUCUUUGUCUCUCUACUACUACUCCCUCUCUCUCUACACCAUUUGAACCAGAAGCGUCAGCCCCUUCUUUAUUCUCUUUCUCUCUCUAGUUUGCCUGCAAGCGAACAUUUUCCGAACUUUCACGCUAGUACUCUGGCUCUAUCAGCUUUAGUUCUCUUGAAAUGAUCGAGAAAACUAGGGUUUGUGGAGUAUUAUUUUCUCUGGUAAUGGCCUGAGUGUGUCUCUGGUUCCAGUAUGGCUUCUAGUGCUUUAAGAAACGGCACCUCUAAAGCGCCCUUGAAAGUUGAACGGCCUUUAUCGGUGAAUUCGGCAAUAAAGACUUCGAAUCGACAAAAAGCUUCUCAGCCAUCGCCUUCUGGCACAAGAAGAACCAUUUCAGGUUCGCUUGCUGGUCCUGGGAACAAGGAUGACGGUGCAGUUUCUGCUAGAGUCAGGGUAGCUGUACGGUUGCGACCACGCAAUGCAGAAGAAUUGGUCGCCGAUGCUGAUUUUGCAGAUUGCGUUGAACUACAGCCGGAGCUCAAACGCCUGAAAUUACGUAAAAAUAAUUGGGACUCUGACACCUAUCAGUUUGACGAAGUGCUUACUGAAUGUGCGUCUCAAAAGCGUGUAUAUGAAGUUGUGGCAAAGCCUGUUGUUGAGAGUGUCUUGGAGGGCUACAAUGGUACUGUUAUGGCUUAUGGACAGACCGGAACUGGAAAGACUUUUACACUUGGACGGCUUGGAGAGGAAGACACUGCUGCACGUGGGAUAAUGGUGCGGUCAAUGGAGGAUAUUUUUGCAGAUAUUUCACCUGACACCGACUCUGUUUCAGUCUCAUACAUGCAGCUUUAUAUGGAGACCAUCCAGGACCUCCUUGAUCCUGGAAAUGACAAUAUUGCCAUUGUGGAAGACCCCAAGACUGGAGAUGUUUCAGUUCCUGGUGCGAUUGUAGCUGAAAUAAGAGAUCAACAGAGUUUUGUGGAGCUCCUAAGGCUUGGGGAAGCACACCGAUUUGCAGCAAACACUAAAUUGAAUACCGAAUCUUCUCGUAGUCAUGCCAUUUUAAUGGUACAUGUCAGGCGGACUGUAAAGGGAAGGCCCUACAGAGAUCUACCUCUACCAACUGAGAAUGGGAAUGCCUCUCUCUUACAUAAAAGUUUCCAGGCACCUCUUGUAAGAAAGAGCAAACUAGUUGUUGUCGAUUUGGCAGGUUCAGAGCGCAUUGACAAAUCAGGAAGUGAAGGGCACACUCUAGAGGAAGCAAAGUCCAUUAAUCUGUCACUGAGUGCACUUGGGAAGUGCAUCAAUGCACUUGCCGAGAAUAGUCCCCAUGUGCCUACACGAGAUUCAAAGCUUACGAGGUUGCUCCGAGAUUCAUUUGGAGGUACUGCAAGAACUUCAUUGAUUGUUACCAUUGGUCCUUCACCACGCCAUAGAGGAGAGACAGCUAGUACUAUAAUGUUUGGUCAAAGGGCAAUGAAAGUGGAGAACAUGGUGAAACUUAAGGAAGAAUUUGAUUAUAAAAGCCUAUGCAGAAAACUGGAGAGAGAACUGGACAAAGUGCUAGCUGAAAAUGAGCGACAAAAGAAGUUUUUUGAGGAUGAGAUCGAGAAAAUAUCUAUUGAAGCACAAGAACGCAUAAGUAUGGCUGAAAGGAAGUACGCGGAUUCUUUGGAGUGUGAAAGAUUGAAGUAUCAGAAGGAGUAUAUGGAAGCAAUCAGGAAACUUGAGGAACAGUGGAAAAUUAAUCAGCAAAAACUAAGUAAUGGCAGACUUGAAAAGGAAGCCAAAGACAAGGGCAUAGAUGAGACUCGUGUGCAGGAGGCAGCAGGUUUGUCUGCUUCUGACGAUGUUGUGGAGCUCAAAAAGUUGCUUCAGAAGGAAAUUCAGUUGAGACAAGCUGCUGAUCAGGAGAUCAAUGAUCUAAAAAGUCAAUUGGUGCAACCGAAAAAAUUAGAGACUGCAGACAAUGUUGAGUUUUUGAAACUUGGUAAGAUGCUGGAAGAUGAAGCUCGUCAAAAACAAAAGCUUGAAGAGGAGAUACAAGUACUAAAGAAUCAAUUGUUGCAAAUGAGUUUUGAAGCUGAUGAGACAAGGCGGAGUCUUGAUAGAGGAGGUUCUGGUAAGAUUUUUACUGGCAUAGAUGCCCUUAUGGCCGCAGUUAAGCAUCCAUACACUAAAGAUUCAGGGAAUGGGCAGAAAGCAUCCAUCGCGAAACUCUUUGAGCAAGUGGGACUGCAAAAGAUCUUAUCCUUGCUCGAAUCAGAGGAUCCUGAUGUGCGGAUUCAUGCAGUGAAAGUGGUUGCUAACCUUGCAGCAGAAGAAGCAAAUCAGGAGAGGAUUGUGGAUGCUGGUGGGCUCACUUCCUUGUUGAUGCUCCUGAGAAGCUCAGAGGAUGAGACAAUCCGCAGGGUUGCAGCGGGUGCAGUUGCCAACCUUGCAAUGAAUGAAACUAACCAGGAACUCAUAAUGGAUCAAGGGGGCAUAAGUUUAUUAUCAGCGACAGCAGCUGAGGCUGAGGAUCCUCAAACUCUUCGGAUGGUAGCGGGAGCCAUUGCAAAUUUAUGUGGAAAUGACAAGUUACAAACAAAGCUGAGAGGUGAAGGUGGUAUAAAGGCAUUGUUGGGAAUGGUCAGAUGUGCGCAUCCUGACGUACUUGCCCAAGUGGCUCGUGGUAUUGCGAACUUUGCGAAAUGUGAGUCAAGGGCGUCUACUCAAGAUAUGUGUGCUACAGGGACUAAAAGUGGGAGGUCGUUACUAAUCGAUGAUGGGGCGCUCCCUUGGAUUGUGCAAAAUGCAAACAAUGAAGCCUCUCCAAUCAGGCGCCAUAUUGAGCUUGCACUCUGCCACCUGGCACAACAUGAAGUGAAUGCUAAGGAUAUGAUAGCUGGAGGUGCGCUAUGGGAGCUUGUAAGAAUUUCAAGAGAGUGUUCAAGAGAGGAUAUAAGGACUCUAGCGCGUCGAACUCUAACUUCAAGCCCCACUUUCCAAACAGAAUUGAGGCGAUUACGCAUAGAGUGUUGAUAGGCAGCAAGUUUUGGUAUGACAAAUAUUGCCCUUGCAUAUAGCCAUGUUUGCUAGGCUACUUUGCUUAGUUAUUAAAAAGAAAAGGGAAAAAAGGGAGGCGCCAUUUCGCUUGGCUUGAGCUGAAGAGGCUUCUUUAGAUAGGAAUAAAGAGGCCUGUGAUAAGCCGGGGGUGGUUUUUGGAGCCUUUGCCAGGUUGUGUAGUGGAAAGGGUCUUGUUUAUAAAGCUUUUUGCAGUUCGUUUCUGUGAUCUUAUGCUUUGGGAGUGGAAGUGUAAAAAUUAUUGGGCCCUUAUCCCUGUAUCUGAAAUGCAUCCUCUCGUCAAUUGAUAAGUUUGAGAACCUGUAUGAUGUUAUGAUGAUGUAGAAAUAUUGCUCUCUCU